CUUUUCUUUCCACGCCACCCCAAACUUUUCCCAAAGAUAGUGGACCAUAUAUCAAUUUCUUUUGUUUUAUUACUUGAAAGACGCGUUAUACAAUAAUCACCACCAUAGUCUAAUCUUCUUCACCUUUAUUCAAAGGUUCACACGAGAAUUAGAGAGGCAAUACAUGGGUUAUCACUCAUGAUAUAUCUUUUUCGUUUUGGUUUUAGUCCAUCAGAAUUUUUGGAUGGUCAGAGGUUUUGAAGAGUCAAGGAGUCAAGUCUUUGUAAUGCGGGUCAAUAAGGAAGAUGGGUAGGAAAAUCCCUCACCUCAGUACCAUCUUCGGCUGUGGUAUUAAGAAAUUUCCGAAAUCACAGACCAGUUAUCACUUGCUCUAAUCUCAGCCUUGUAUUACAAGUCUUCCAUAUCCAUUUUCCAAGUCAACUACCGUGUUAAACUGAUUAACUAAAUGUUAUAUAGUGAAGAAACAAGGAAAGAAGUUAUUUCAAUUUAGAGCAACAAGUUGUUGGUGGUGUUGUUUGUUUUCUCCGGUACUGAAUUGGGAAUUCUGGUAUAUAUGGCUUCUGUCUUUCUGUUCGUUUUCUUUCUUCUCUCACAUCUCCUGCUGCUUUACUCCGCUGAAGCAGAAGUGAGAUACACCAAAAAAUGUCCACUCUUUCCCUGUGGAAAUCUGGGCGCCCUUGGCUUUCCAUUCGCCAAUAGAACAAACCCAGAAUGCGGUGUUUUCACAAUAGAGUGCCGGGAUAAUGCGCCUCCAAUGAUCCAACUGGAGGACCGUGGAAGACAAUAUGAAGUUCUAAGUAUCUCUCCGGAUAACACCACCAUACGUAUCAAAUACGAAUGGCCUGGGGAGCAGCUGCAGCACCCUGCAGCCCCUGCUCCCGAUGAAUGUGAAUUCUUACAUAAUCUGACUUUUCACAGCUCUUCGUUCGUCUCUUUUGAAUUUUCCCCCAACCAGACCUUUUUUAAUUGCAAUCGCACUCUCAAUAUUUCUCACCCAACAAAUUUUAAAAAGAUUAGUUGCAAUGACCAUGAUAUCUACUAUAAUGGUUUAAGCGAUAGUUUUCCCACUUCUCUCUCUGGAUGUUCAAUUAUUCAGCUCCCAAAGAUUCCGAACCUAAAUCCUCUGGCAGAUUAUGAUAACCCGUUUGAACUUUUAGCCGUUGAGUUCGACCUUAAACCAAAUGUCUCUGAUGCAUGUUACCGAUGUUACCGAAGAGGAGGUCGAUGUAGGCCCGACGACAAGGGGGAACUUGAUUGUCUGGUUCCGGAGAAAGAGAAUCACACAAAGCCAAUAGCCAUAGGAUUAGGUGUCGGAUGUCCAGGCAUCAUAAUAAUUUGCGCUUUCUUUAUUAUGCGGCAUUAUUAUAAGACAAAAUAUGCUUCUUCAAACAUGCUGGCAAAGAAUGCUAAUUCUGAUCCAUCCUCAAGACCAGACCUGGAAGGGGGGAGUCUCUACUUUGGAGUCCCUGUUUACUCCUACAACGACCUUGAAGAAGCGACCAAUAAUUUUGAUACUGAAAAAGAACUUGGAGAUGGAGGCUUUGGAAUUGUCUACUAUGGCAAACUCCGUGAUGGGCGGGAAGUUGCAGUCAAGCGCCUAUACGAGCACAACUACAGACAAGUAGCACAGUUCAUGAAUGAAGUUGAAAUCCUCACCCGCUUGCGCCACAAAAAUCUAGUCUCCCUUUAUGGCUGCACCUCACACCGCUGCCGUCAACUUCUUCUUGUAUAUGAAUAUAUUCCCAAUGGCACUGUUGCCGACCAUAUUCAUGGAGAACGAGCGACGUCGGGUUCACUCACAUGGCCGACUCGUAUGAGCAUUGCCAUAGAAACUGCUUCUGCAUUGGCUUACCUCCAUGCUUCUGAAAUCAUACAUCGCGAUGUGAAGACUAACAACAUUCUCCUUGACAACAAUUUUUGCGUCAAAGUUGCAGAUUUCGGGCUUUCUCGGCUGUUCUCCAAUGAUAUCAGCCAUGUCUCAACAGCUCCUCAGGGAACUCCAGGCUAUCUUGACCCAGAAUAUCGUCAAUGUUAUCAGCUUACUACUAAAAGUGAUGUUUACAGCUUUGGGGUUGUUCUAAUCGAGCUCAUAUCAUCUCUGCCAGCUGUUGAUAUAGCUAGGCAUAGGCAUGAAAUUAACUUGGCUAACUUGGCCAUAAACAAGAUUGAAAAAUCCUCAUUCCAUGAGUUGAUUGACCCACAUCUUGGGUUUGAGUCGGAUAAAGAAGUUGAAAGGAUGACCAUUUUGGUGGCACAGUUGGCUUUUCAUUGCAUACAACAGGACAAGGAAACGAGACCUAGCAUGGAUGAGGUCUUGGAGGUUUUGAAGCAGAUUCAAAGUGGUAAUGAUGCGCCGGAGGAUCAAAAGAAGGGAUUUGAUGAUGAUGUGAUUGUGAAUGUAAAGCCACCAAUUUCGCCGGAAUCUGAUGAGGUUGGGUUGUUGAAGACUAAACAGCUGCCACCUUCACCAAUUUCUGUGAACACUAAUUGGCCUAGGAGGGCUACUACACCUAAUAUCAGUAGCUAAAUUUCUUCUCCAUGCUGCUAUGCUUUCGAGUAGGGAUAAGAAUAUGUUUAACGCUCCUUCAGACGCAAAUGAGUGUGCUUUGAAAUUUCAUUUUCUUCUCAUCUACUCGUUCUGUGUUGUUCAUGGAAGGCACAUAUCGUUGAUAGGUUAAAGUUUUGGGGGAAUAUUGUACAUAAUAUGAAUGGAGUUAUUAGUAUCAUUCA